AAUCUUGUUCUUUUUUCACAAGUGGCUUCAAAAUGUUGUCCAGCUUGUUGUGGUGAAAAAUGGGCCCUGUUUUAUUAUUUAUUCAGGGGAUCAUAUGAUUUCUUUAUUUAGUUUUGACUAAAAAGGAUGUUCACAAAACAACAUUGUGGGGCAAAACAAAAUGUAUGUUCUUUAACUAAAUGUAAGGUAAAAUAAUCUCAGUGAUUCCAAGAGUUUUAAGUAUAUCUUGAUGAUUAACAAUGUCGUUUUUUCGUCAAAGAUUAUGGUUCCAUAGAAUGUUCUUAUUGUCUCUUGCAAAGUCCUAGCUCUGUAACGCCUCCUACAUCUCUGCAGUACAGGUCAUCUUUCAUUUCAGUUAGGACUGACAUUUCCCUUCACCCUUUUUCCUCCCAAGGGUCUCCCAGUGUGUGGAUACUAAGAUGGAUAUGAACAACCUGGCCAGAGUGUUCGGCCCGACUCUUGUGGGCCAUGCUGUUCCCGAACCAGAACCAAUGACCAUCCUGCAUGACACAAGCAGACAACCAAGGGUUAUGGAGCGCCUGUUCUCUAUUCCAGCUGACUACUGGGGCCAGUUUGCUUAUCCUGAUUAUACUGACAUCGGCAGCUCUCACCAAACUGAAACUCCAGACCACCACCAAGUGAGCAUAUUGGGACCAUUGACCACUCCAGAGCACCAGAUGAUGGCCAAAACCCCCUCCUCCAGCUCGCUGUCCCAGCGCAUGAAGCAGACCCUCUCCAGCACCAGCAUAUUUGGGAGCAAAAGCAAAGCGUCAGUUGCCUGUCAUCGCCAGGGCAACUUCUUCGCCUCUCCACAGCUGAAGUAAUGCUAAAGGAGAAAAAAAAACACCACCCAUAUUGUACUUCUGGGAUGCCUACUGCAAUAACUGAAUAUAGCCAAUGUUCACAUAAUCAUGUGGGAAAACUACUGUGUAAUUUUUAGCAUGUAACUCUUUUAUAACAGACUUUAUAACCAGAUUUCUUCUUUGAAAAGAUUCCUGCACAACUAUGUUUUUAUAUCUUUGAUUACUAAUGAUUUAUUUUUUAUACCAAAACUGUGGGACAUCUAUAUGAUUGUACGAGGUUUGAAGGCUUUGACCAAGCAACCGUUAUCAACAAUUCACGGAUUGUGCUUUGUGUUUUACUCUUUGGUUUGAUUACCAUAGCUAUGCAUUCACUUGUGUGCGGCCAUCUUUGAACCUGUGGUUGUAACCGCAGUGACGGGGGGGGGGGGCUCGAGCAAACGUGAAGAAAACAGUGGCAUUGGAUAAAGAGGAAAGACAUUUUAUUAUUGGCCAGUGUCUCUUUGUGUAUUGGCAUCGGUUGUCAUUGUCCUUGAACUGAUAUCCUUUUUUUGUUUUCUUGAUUUUAACAUUUUGUUUUAUAUUUAUGUGAUUGUGUCCUAUGAAGUAUAACAAACAUGGCAAUAUAUAUACUUUACUGCAAUUUUAACACUACUGCAAUGUUAACACUGAUACAGAAUGAGAGUAUUGUUGCAUUUUGCACAGUCUGUGUAACAAUCCGAGUAAAUGUGUUUUCUACCUGGAAACACACGCCACAAGAGGCUGCUGUUGCACCACUUUUGAUAGGCAAGCCCUAACCAAUGAUCUACUGUAUAUUAUGCAAAAAAAAGUUAGAGUUACUGACACUCAUUACAAUCAGCCGAUAAUUGGAAAACUGUAAAUUAUUCAGUUGAGUCAACAUUUUUCUCUCUCACAAACAGAGGUCUGAGAUUACAUCUGUGUGGUCAUCACAAACUAAAAUCUGGUGCUUCUUAAAUGUUUUAAUCUAAAAACUAAUUUGCAUGCGCUAUCAGUAUUUUAAUCACUGUAGUUUUCUUACAGGAAGUGACACUUCCUCUGACUUGUUCCUAGCGUGCUGCUCUCACGGUCACGCUUCUUACAAGCUCCAGAUUUCAGCGUGAUGAUGACAUCCUUAAUUAAGUAUGAGUUAUUUAGAAGAGAACUAUUUAUGUUGAUGAAACCAGAUUCACAGUAUUCAGUCAUUAAAACCAAAUAUAAUCAUGAUUUGCCUAAAAAUGAAGACAUUUGCAAUGUUUGUGGUUGUACUCCAGUAAUACUGCAUGUUUUAUACACUCUUGUACACUUUGAUGCCAUUAUACGGUGUCUCUAAUGUAAUGUAGUUUAAAUAAUUCAGUAACUGUCACCAAAGAUUUUGUGCAAUGAAUGUUAAACAUGUCUUAGCUCAAAUAAGAUCACACAAAAGUUCAUAUCUGAGCUCAAAAUAAAACAUCAAACAA